AUGGCCGAACUUUACACCCUAUCCCCAUCACCACCUGCAUUGGGUGACCCUCAUGCAGCUCCAUCCAUCCCUCCGUCCUCAUCAGGGCUUCCUGCACCCAGCAGCCCCGCUCCGGAGUCCACCAGGGAGAUCCCCUUACCCAAGUCUUCCCUCUACAACGACAAAGCUUUGACUGGAAACCCUUCGGGGGGUUCAACCUCGCCUCUCCCCCCACCCACCCCGGUGCUGUUAAAUGAGACCCCGGCGCUGUUGAAUGAGCCCCCGGCGCUGUUAAAUGAGACCCCAGCUCUGAGCGAAGUGCCACAGGCGGCGUCCCCCUCUCCUGAGCUCAAUCCUGGUCCUAAUCUCUACCCUAAUGUACACGUCACCCACAACCCAAACCCUGUCAUGGAAUACAGUCAGUUUAUGUGUCCCCCUACACCGCAGCAGCGUCCCCCUACACUGCAGCAGCGUCCCCCUACACUGCAGCAGCGUCCCCCUACACCGCAGCAGCGCCCCCCUACACCGAGGCAGCGUCUCCCUACACCGCAGCAGCGCCCCCCUACACCGAGGCAGCGUCCCCCUACACCGAGGCAGCGUCCCCCUACACCGCAGCAGCGUCCCCCUACACCGAGGCAGCGUCCCCCUACACCGCAGCAGCGUCUCCCUACACCGAGGCAGCGUCUCCCGACACCGCAUCAGCAGCAGCAGCUGAAGAGGAUGAACCUCAACCAUCCCAAGAAGCACAAAACCCCCAAAGUCAGCCUCUUCAUCCUCCUGUGUCCCCAAAGCCCGAAACCCCUAAGACACCCACCAGGGCCGAACACUCCAGCCCGUCUGUCCCGACGAUUCACGAGCCGGUCUUUGUCCUCCCUAACCCCAACCGCCGACCGGCCCCCGACACCCUCAGCUACUUAG